GCUUUUCCCCUGUUUAUUGUUACAAGUAUUACCCCCAUCUGUACCAUUUCCUUUUUACCCUUGUUUCUCCUUGUUGGUAUUACAUUGAUGCGGUUGUUAGGUCGAUAGAUGGGUCUAAUUUUGUAGCUUUUCUUUCUUUCUCUUUUCUUUUAUCCUCUCUUUCUGGCGGAUAACUCGUUGGGUUUGGUGCUAAAAUCUCAAUCUUGGAUCAAAAAAGGGAGAAACAGGAGUUGUCACAGAAGUCGGGUAAGGGGUUCAUCUAUGUUUUCUUUCUUGGAUUCGUUUCUGUUGUUUGUUCUCUGAGAAAAAAAAAAAACCCCAAGAACGGAAAUUGUAGCUGGGGAUCUGGCUUUCCAUGUUCUGAUGUGUAGCCGAGGUGAAAUGGAAGAGGGAAGUGAUUUUCGGAGUUGGGAUGAACUGAUUCCUGAUGCUUUGGGGUUAAUAUUCCGCAAUCUGUCUCUCAAAGAGGUAGUGACGGUGAUCCCUAGGGUCUGCAAGUCCUGGAGCAAGGCAGUCUCAGGUCCCUAUUGCUGGCAAGAGAUAGACAUUGAGGAAUGGAGUAGUUGCUGCCGCCAACCAGAGAAGAUUGACCGUAUGCUUGAGAUGCUGAUCAGAAGAAGCUCGGGAUCCCUCCAUAAACUGUGUGUUUCAAGACUUCAGAAUGAUGCUAUUUUCGCAUUCAUUGCAGAGAAGUAAGCUCAACUAUUCAUUGUUAAGGCAUUCCAUUUCAGUUAUUCCAUUUAAUUAGCAAUAUGUGAGUUGCAUCUGUAUUUAUGCUGUCAUUCAUUCUCCGAUGAUUCAUGUUAUAUUUAGUAAGUUUAGUCUUAAUUUCUCCUGUGGGAUGGUAUUCAUUAUAGAAUUUGAUUGAAAGAACUACAAUCUCUUUGGGAUACACUGUUUCACUCUUUGGCCUCAAUCGGGGUCUCAUAACUCAUUGCUAAAUUGACACUUCAAAGUGAUGAUGUGGGUGUUCCUUUAUGCUUGUGCCUUUGCAAGUGCUACUUCUCUUCAGGUUUUGCAACUGCCAAGAUGUGAAAUUAGUGAUUCCAUAGUCGAACAGACUGCUCAAAAGCUUUCUGCACUUACUUUUUUGGAUUUGAGCUACUGCUGUAAAAUUGGAGCUCGUGCAUUAGAAGCCAUUGGAAAGCACUGUAAAGUUCUUGUCACUCUGCGCCGGAACAUGCAUCCACUGGAUAAUGCAGGCAAACCCUCAGAGGAUUACGAGGCAAAUGCCAUAGCUGCCACAAUGCCUAGGCUCAAGCACCUAGAGAUGGCUUACAAUCUUAUCAGCACAACAGGCGUUUUGAAGAUCCUUGCUAGCUGCUCUGAGCUUGAGUAUCUGGAUUUGAGAGGUUGUUGGGAUGCAGAUGACAAGUUAUUCAAGGAAAAGUUCCCAAAACUGAAGGUGCUGGGGCCAGUUGUCAUGGAUGUCAUGGAUUUCGAGAUGGAUGAAUGGGACUAUUGCUCUGAUUACUCAGAUGGUUCCGAAUAUUUGUCCUGGGGUUAUCCAGCUAGUGAACUGGAUGAGUAUGACAUCUACGAUGGAACAUGGGGGGAUGAUGAUGACUACAUGAGUCUGGAUGAACUUGUGCUCAGGUUCUAUGAAGGAACCGAAGAGGAUGCCACAAUGUCUGGCUGGCCUACAUCCCCUUAAUCAGGUUCUGUUUCCUUGCCUUGUAUGUUGUCUUUCUUUUGUAGCAUAUCCCUUUAAAUAUGAAGAACUUCUUAUGAUGUAUGAAAAUAUAUGCUGUCUACUCUUUAAUAGCAAAUCUAAUCAAAUGUGUGAUUUUCU